AUGGCGUCAGAUAAUGAUUAUGAUAUAUUUGAUUAUAAUUCAAAUCAAGAUUCUUUUGACAUCGAUUAUCAAAUUGAUCUAUUUGAGCUUGGUCAAUGUUUAAAAUCGAGAAAAAGUAAACGAAAACUCAAGAAGUCUUCACAUUCAAUCUCAUUGAAAGCUCUCAAAUCCCAACCAAAACCAGUUAAAGUGAGUUAUCAUCCUAAUAUUGGUAUAAGUGAUAUUCGUCUUGCACCAAUAGACCAAUCUGUUCAAAAAGAUUUUAUGAAAACGUUAAAUGAAAAUAUUUCUUAUUCACCAGAUUUAAUUUAUCAUGGUACAAAAUCAGAUAAUAUCAAAAGUAUUCUUCGUUAUGGGUUUUUGAUACCAAGUCAAGCUCAUCCAUCUGAUAGCUGA